AUGGUUUCAUUUAGUGAGGUCAAUACUUCAAUUGAUGAUAUUUCGUCUUACUCUCUAAUUGAGAUUUCUUCUUCUUCCUCCAAUGAUCACGAUGAUUUACUUCUUCCACUACCUACUCUCCCAAACGAACUCCUUGAAGAGAUCUUUUGUAGACUUCCAAUAAAACUUCUCCUUCAACUCCGUUGUCUUAGCAAGUCCUUAAAUUCAUUAAUCUCAGAUCUCAAAUUUACAAAAAAACACCUUCAGAUGUCAACCAAAAACCACCACCUCAUAGUAACCACCAAAGGUGAGUCCUACGUAAGAUCUUACCCGAUUCAAACCAUUUUAAAAUUUAUCACUAUCAACGCCAACAUACAUAACUUUCCUCUCAAUGAAAAAGACUUUCAUAUUGUCUGCUCUUGCGAUGGAAUACUUUGUCUGGUUGUCAAUCUAUUCUCUAUUAUGUUGUGGAACCCUUCCAUUAAAAAAUUCAAAUUGUUACCUCCUGUAAGAAGUCCAUUUCAGAGUGGUAGUAGUGCUAAUGUUGCAUAUGGUUUUGGAUAUGAUACUUUUAUUGAAAAUUAUAAGGUGGUGGUUGUUUUUAUCGAUGCUAGUGGUAAUAAAUCUAAAAUAAAAGUGCAUGCUUUAGGCACUAAUUUUUGGAGAGUGGUUCAAAGUGAUAUACCAGUACCGGUGGAUGGAACGUUGAACUUUGUAAGCGGCACACUUAAUUGGUUUGAAGAUAAGGAUUAUAAUAUUGUUUCUUUUAAUUUGGUAAAUGAAACAUAUCAAAUAUUUAUGCAGCCUGGUUAUGGAAUAGAAAAUGUGGUUAGUGUGAAUUUGGGUGUAUUGAGGGAUUGCUUGUGUAUAUUCGCCAACACACGUGAUUUUUUUGAUGUUUGGCAAAUGAAGCAGUUCGGAAAUGAAGAGUCUUGGUCUAAAUUGUGUCGAGUUCCGUUUUGUUCAUAUUUUUCCUCUAUAAAGGAAAUAUGGAUUUCUGAUGAUGACCAGGUGUUUUUGGUAUAUACAAAAUUGUUGAGAAAGAAUGUGGUUGUUUUCGAUAUCAAUAGUAGUAUUUUUAAGAUUCCUAAGAUUCAAAAGAUCGAUAGUUUGAUUGAACCUAAAAUUUAUGUUGAGAGUUUGAUAUCACCUUGUUUUUAA